AUGAGGCACCCCAAGGCACAGAACCAGCAGUAUGGAGGCCAUAAUGUUCCAGACCUCAGACUCUCAGCUCAAAUCGAACAAGGCGAUCUCUUCCCUCGUGAAAAUACCAGCAUGCACGUCAUCCCCAAACUGGUGCAAAUCACCCCCAUUCAGCUGUAUAGCAGAGCCGCACCAACAUCACGAUCUGUUCUCCUCUGA